CACUGGAGCUGUUCACUCCUCAACUCCCAAGUAACAGUGGUUUCAUCUUCCUCUCGCUCUGCAUUUGCAAGUUCUGAAACAAUGGCGGACCAGGUGAUUCUGCUAGACAAAAAUAUAAGUAUGUUCGGGAUGAGGGUUAGGAUAGCCUUAGCGGAGAAGGAGAUCAAGUACGAGUACAAGGAGCAGGACUUGGUCAACAAAGGUCCUUUGCUUCUUCGGAUGAACCCGGUUCACAAGAAGAUCCCUGUUCUCGUCCACAAUGGCAAGCCAAUCUGCGAGUCUCUCGUCAUUGUUCAGUAUAUCGAUGAGGUCUGGAAGGAUAAAUCUCCUCUGCUUCCCUCCGAUCCUUACCAGAGAGCUCAGGCUAGGUUUUGGGCCGAUUAUGUCGACAAUAAGAUGUUUGAUGCUGGGAGGAAGAUAUGGACUACAAAAGAAGAAGAGGUGGAGGCAGCCAAGGAGGAGUUCAUAGGAAUCCUGAAGGUCUUGGAGGAUGAGCUUGGUGGUAAGCCCUACUUUGGAGGCGACACAUUUGGCUCUCUUGAUAUUACUUUGGUCUCCUUCUAUAGCUGGUUUUACACCUAUGAGACCUUUGGGAAUUUCAGUAUAGGGAGUAGGUUGCCAAAGAUUGGUUCAUGGGCCAAGAGGUGCAUGCAGAAGGAGACUGUGUCCAAGUCCCUUUGCGAUGAGAAGGUUGUCUACGACUUUGCUGUUAUGUUUAGGAAGAAGAUGGGCAUUGAGUAGGGUGUUCCAUGCACUAUUGCUUGGGAUUUGUUGAAACUUGAAAGUUUAUCAGGCUAGGCAGAGUAGACUGGGCUUAAGCCAGACGUCUCAACUCAGGCUGGCCCAAAAUUUCAAGUGGGCCAUUUCUAAGCCCAAGCCUAGCCUGCAAGCUUAAUACAAGUUCCCACACUCGCAAGGAAUCAAAUGCCUCAUUUGUAAAACAUUUUUCGAACAUUUCUACUUGUUUCUAGUAUAAAUGCUUUGUGCCUUGCAAACAA